CCCACACGUGUGACUCAGCUGUUGGAGCCACAGUCUGGUCGUCUGUGGAAUGGACACGAUCGAAGCUUCCUCGCGGGACUGUUGAGGCUCACAGGGGACGAUGCCUGUGAAGCGCCUGGCUCCAGGGAUCCCUGGUGGUGGGGCCUGGCCAGCACAGGACACCCACUGUCCCCCUGGACCAUGGGCAGCAUGAAGACCCCCACGGAGCUGGCCGUCAGUGGGAUGCAGACUCUCCACCCGCAGCACCGCUACCGGGUGAAGGCCAAGGCAUCCUACGUGGACGAGACUCUGUUUGGCAGUCCUGCGGGCGCCCGGCUGGCCCCUCCAGACUUUGACCCACCGUGGGUAGAGAAAGUCAACAGAACCAAAGGCGUGGGCACAGAGACGUCACGGGCCUCAGGGGCCAACGGGAGCUGUGAGACCACCUCCUCCAGGGGCAGCACCCCGACCCUCACACCAAGGAAGAAGAACAAAUACAGACUGAUCAGCCACACGCCAUCUUACUGUGAUGAGUCUCUGUUUGGCUCCCGCCCCAAGGGCACCAGCUGGGAGGCCCCGUGGAUGGCAAAAGCAGAUGCUGCAAAACUCCACACCCUCUUCUGGACACCCCCAGCUACUCCUCGGGGCAGCCACUCGCCCCGCUCCAGGGAGACCCCAGUGAGAGCCAUUCACCCCACUGGUCCCUCGAAGACUGGGCCCGGAGUGGCAGCAGACUCCCGGAGGUUGUCAGUGGGUGAGUUAAGCUCUCCGCGUCCUCUGAGGAGAGGGCGUUCCCAUUCCCUCACCCACCUGAAUGUCCCCAGCCCUGGUCACGCACCCACCAGUGCCCCAGAAAGUAGGCCUCCGGAUCCCAGGCCGUCCCCAUCGGGGGUGACCUUCCGGAACCCCCUGGUGACCCCCAGGCUUCGCCCAAUCAGUGUUUCAGUGCCAGCUACACCCCGUCGAGGUGGGGCCACCCAGAAACCAAGGCCCCCUUGGAAAUGAGCCUCAUAGCCCUUUCUUCAGUCCUCUCCCCCAUGCUGGGAUCACAGUCAGGGGCGCCUCUGCGGAGGCACUGAAGAAACAGGGUAGGAUCUGACCAUCUCUAGAUGCUCCCUGCUUCCCCUCACCCCAUGUGGGCUUGAGGGCCGCCCCUGGAGAUGCCCAUUUCCAUUCCCGUCUUAGCCAGCGGACGCAUCAGUGCCAACCCGGGGGCCCACCGCCAUCACAUCUCCUUGUGCCAAGUGUGAAUAAACUGUCUGAUCGCCAGCCUGGAGGCUUCCUCCCUCCCUUCACGCCAAACUUCCUGCUCAGGACGUUUCCAGCUGAGUCUGGACUUUUCCCAGGCAUAGAAUGUGGACCACAGGGGUCUGGGUCAUAGGUGGGUGGACAUUGUUUUAUCUUAAUAGCCAUGCAUUUAUUUUUAUGUAUGAAAUAUAUCACUAGCUCAUCAAAGCCAUGAUUUCUGCCGAUUUCUUUUUCCCAAAGGGUAAGGAAAGAGAGGACAGACCAGGUUGGGUCUGGAGAACAAGGCUGGGUGGUACGGCAGGCAGCGCGAGGACGGGGUGGGCAUCGGCAGUGGCAGCUGGAGAUCGGGAAUGCAG